CUCGCUGUAAAUCCGUCCGAAAGCAUAUACGAAAAAGUAGUUUAAUUAUUCAUUGCCGUCAGAAAGAGAAUAAAUAAAAAAACGCAUCUGUCAGUCGAAAAUAGCAGAGGUCGCAGAACUAACUCGCAGAGAAAGGAGAGAUUCUGAUUCCGAGCUGAGAAAGCAAAUUGUCUCGCACAGAUCCGUCCACCCAAGGUAAGAUGCGCGGCCGCGGCGGUGGCGGCAGAAGUGGCGGAAGGGGCGGCGCAGGGAACUACACGAAUCCAUGCUUGACUAUGCACCAGCCUUGGGCUUCUCUCCUGGUCUACGGAAUCAAACGCAUCGAAGGCCGGUCGUGGCCGGCUCCCCUUCGCGGCCGUCUGUGGAUUCAUGCUGCCAGUAAAGUUCCCGAGCAAGAUACAAUCAAAGCAAUGGAAGAGUUCUACAAGGAAAUCUAUGCACUGAAUGGCGUUACUGACAUCAAGUUUCCAGAACAUUACCCUGUUUCCAGACUCUUAGGGUGCGUUGAGGUAGUUGGGUGUCUAAAACUGGACGAGCUGGCAAGCUGGGAGGCCAUACCAGAAGGGGUGAGGGUAGAAGGACAAACUGAUUUUUGCUGGCUUUGUGAACAACCACAGAAAUUGCUUAUUCCAUUCGAGAUGAGAGGUUUUCAAGGUGUUUAUAACCUGGAAAGGAAGAUAUAUGAGUCUGCAGCUAGAGGCCUUGUCCCUGUGGAAGGUCCACUGCCUGUAAAAUUUCCCCUUCCAAAUCCAAGGGAUCCUUAUUCGUUGAGUCCUGGUUCUGUUAGCUCUCAGUCCACAGCAGGACACACAACUGAAGUCGAGAAGUCAUCAAGUCUUGUUGUGGCCAUUGCUUCCGCACGUGCAGCUGCUACACAGUUCAACAAGAAAGACCAAAAUCAUGCAAUAACUACCGUUGAAAGCUCCGCUUCCACUAAGCAGUAUGAAUUGAGAAGCAAGUCUUCUGAACAGAGAAAGCUUUCACCAGUUAGCUUGCCUCAUAAUUGUGAUGGGGAACCUUCUACGUCAAAUGAGUCGAAACCUAACAAUGACUGCAAGUCUGAGCAGAGUAGCAGACAUAAUAGGGUCACGGCAGGUUCGGAACAGCUCCCCAGAGCUUCCCCAAAGCUUUUCGCAGCAGCAGUACGAGGGUUGAAGCCGUCAUGACUGCAGUACCCUGAAAAUAGAACAUGACAUUAGGAAGUCUUGGUGUAGGUCCUGUUUUACUAGGGUUCUGCCAUGACCCAGAAGUCAGAUUUGCGUUUGCCUUAGCUGAUUGAAAGAUCACAAAGCUGUGCAGAAAAGAGAGCAAAUAACCGGAAGCCUUGUUUUAGACCCGUUGCAGAAUUGUGUUAUGGUCCAUAAAUAAAAGAACAAUUUGUACAGCUAGUGGAUUCAGGAGACAUCUUCUUUUCUUAACCCAGUAUUUAGUUUAGUGCAGUUUUCGCUUUAGAUGGAAGGGUAUUGUUGUUAUUCGAUGCUAUUUAGUUCCAGUCAAUAAUUGCCGUCGCAGUAAUCCUGAUGUACUGACAACUGAGGAAUGAUGUUUCAACCUGUUUCAAGUGAAAUUAAGGAUUAAAAAACAU